AUGGGUAACAUGGAUGCAGAUUUAUCCAAAAGGAGAAGAUGCUUUAAAGUUUUCCUACAGAGGAAAUGUGAUCUCGGGACACCCCCUCCUCAAAGCGCCGGGGAUUGGAGGGCUGUGCCAGACGAGCGUCCCAAACUUCCUAAAGUCGCUCGUGGAGUUUCUGACCGGUCCUGGACUGCGUCUGCUGUUCCUCCGAGCGCACAUGAAGAAGAGGCAGAUCGGGACAUGGACAGACCGUGUUUUCUCGUGCUCAUCGGGCUGCUGUGGCGGUGUUGUGGAGCUCCGCAGAGAGGUCUCUUUCCAGCUGUGCUGAACCUGGCCUCCAUGGCAGAGAUCAAUACCAAUGCCACGUGUGGAGAAACAGGACCAGAAAUGUACUGCAAACUAGUGGAGCACGUACCAGGACAGCCCGUGAAAAACCCUCAGUGUCGGACCUGCAACCUGAAGAGUGGUUAUGCUAAUGAGCGGCAUCCCAUCGAGUACGCCAUCGACGGCACUAACAGAUGGUGGCAGAGCCCGAGCAUCAUGAACGGGAUGGACUACCAUUACAUCACUGUGACUCUGGACCUGCAGCAGGUAACACACAUCAAACAACAACUGCUAGCAGCAUCAUUAUUCACAGCCAAUCAGAAUGCAUCUUGUGGUUUUAGGUUCAGGCGAGCGGACUUGUUCGCCUCAGAGAAGUCAACCCACUAUCCCCUCUGGUUUGUCCUUACAUCUCCAGCUCCAUUGAGACUGGACGCCAUGGAGCAUACGAGUCGAUCUGCAAACCUGGCUGUAGAUGAGGGGCACCAGUUCAUAGAUUCUUGUCUCUCAACUUUUUGA